AUGGGUCUCACAUGUCCAAACCGAAGCCUUUCGGGACGACAUCUUGGCGCUCAGACACGGCAGCGUUGCUGCGACAUCUUCGUCGAUUCGUACCAGAUCAAGCAUCCCAUCCUCCUACCGCCUAAGCAUCGAUUCACGGAGCUCAUCAUACUCGACGCCCACCAGCGCUUGCUACACGCCGGCGUGCAAGACACCAUCGCCGAGGUCCGAAGCACAUUUUGGGUUGUCCGCGGACGGCAAACCACAAGGCGUGUCCUUCGCUCAUGCUUGACCUGCCGCAGACUAAGGGCGCACCUUGAGACAGCCCCAGUGUCACCUCUACCUCGGGAGCGUAUAACGCCGGCAAAUCCGUUCACAGUUGUCGGCGUAGAUUUCGCGGGACCGCUCUAUAUCUCAAGGUCGGCUUCUCCCAAGACGUACGUAGCCCUUUUCACGUGCGGUGUCACAAGGGCCGUCCACCUCGAACUUGUGUCCUCUAUGAGCGUGCCCGAUUUCCUGCUUGCCUUCCGACGGUUCAUCUCUAGGCGUGGGGUACCCUCCCUCAUCUUUUCCGACAACGCUCGCACCUUUCGCAAAUGCUCGUCCCUCCUCUCCCUGGUUAGCGCAAGAGAUGUACUAGACUUUGCCACCCAGCAUCGCAUCGCCUGGCGGUUCAUUGUUGAGCGAGCUCCUUGGUGGGGAGGCUGGUGGGAACGGCUCAUACGAACUGUAAAGGAAGCCCUAAGACGCUGCCUUGGGAGAAAGCGCCUCACCUUUGAGCAGUUAACUACGACACUCUGUGAAGUAGAAGCCAUCGUCAACUCCCGCCCACUCACGCAUAUUGGAGCUGAUCCCGGGGAGCUUGAGCCACUUACCCCAUCCCACUUUCUGUUAGGGAAACGAGCAGUGGCUUUGCCUGAUGAAUUCGCUGCCGAUGCAUCACGCCAGAACGACCUGCGGCUCAGUUUUCGUGUCAUUCAUCAGGCAAGGAAGCAGUUCUGGAAGCGCUGGACGCGCGAAUACCUCCUUCAGCUGCGGUCAGCGCACGCAACCUCCUCACCAGCAGUGUCCGAGACGCAACUGAGGGAAGGCGACGUCGUGCAAGUGCAAGAAGACCAUCUCCGUCCAUCGUUUUGGAAGUUGGCUCGCGUGUCAAGCGUCAUACGAGGGCGAGACGGCGUCGUACGGGCGUGCUCGCUGCGCCUGGCCAAUGGGUCAUCAAUCGUCCGACCCGUCCAAAGGCUUUGUCGCCUCGAAGUUGACGCGCCCCAAGUCCCGGCGCGGGAUGAUGUUGCAUAA